AACAACCUAGGUCUCCUUUACGCCGACCAAGGCAAGAUGCAAGAGGCGGAGGAGAUGUACUUGCGGGCGCUUCGAGGGUACGAGAAUGUGUGGGGACCGGAUCACACGUCGACACUAGACACGGUCAACAACCUAGGGAACCUUUACAAAGCCCAAGGCAAGAUGCAAGAGGCGGAGGAGAUGUACUUGCGGGCGCUUCGAGGGGAGGAGAAUGCGUGGGGACCGGAUCACACGUCGACACUAAACACGGUCAACAACCUAGGUCUCCUUUACGCCGACCAAGGCAAGAUGCAAGAGGCGGAGGAGAUGUACUUGCGGGCGCUUCGAGGGUACGAGAAUGUGUGGGGACCGGAUCACACGUCGACACUAGACACGGUCAACAACCUAGGGAACCUUUACAAAGCCCAAGGCAAGAUGCAAGAGGCGGAGGAGAUGUACUUGCGGGCGCUUCGAGGGAAGGAGAAUGCGUGGGGACCGGAUCACACGUCGACACUAGACACGGUCAACAACCUAGGUCUCCUUUACUCCGACCAAGGCAAGAUGCAAGAGGCGGAGGGUAUGUACUUGCGGGCGCUUCGAGGGAAGGAGAAUGCGUGGGGACCGGGUCACACGUCGACACUCGACACGGUCAACAACCUAGGUCUCCUUUACAAAGCCCAAGGCAAGAUGGAAGAGGCGGAGGAGAUGUACUUGCGGGCGCUUCGAGGGUACGAGAAAGCCGUCGGACCUCAACAUAUCGCGAGAUAUCGACCAGCAAUCAAUGCGACGUGGGGUUUCGGAGCCUUGUUAUGGGAUCAGGGCAAGCUGGUGGAGGCGAGGACAUACUAUCAACGCGCCCACGACAAUCUUGAGGCGCUGCUAGGGCCUCAGCAUAGAGAUGUUCAAUCACUGCACAAUGCCUUACUCGAACUGCAUCAGAGGAUCCAUGGUAAGCUUUUGUUACCACGUUUGGUUUUUGUAAAUUUGUUUAAUAACGAGUGCAGAUACGGUAUCCCCACAACAAGCUCGGAAGACCACACGCCGAGACGUUCUCGAAAAUGACCUCUCGCAUCCCCGUAAGGCGGAAAUGAUCCUAAAUAACGAAUACUUGCAGCCUCUUAUACAUAGCUCGUAGCUAGUCUAGUUAGCAUGCUUUUUGCUUUCUUAUUCUUUAGCCAGGCAGAGUGCAUAGCUUGAUCUAGUUGUUAGUAACCGCGUAAGAAACUACGUUAUAGCCUAUUGCUUUAUAAUCGACGUCCUUUAUAAAAUGUAAACAAAUCCUAUCGUUAUUUGCGACCCAUGCCGUUCUAUUAAAGUUUGUGUGUAUGGAAUGAAACGCAGUAAUUAGAUA